AUUCGAAAACAGAACAAAACCUCUCUGCUCUCUCUAUAUACUCCCAAAAUGGCCUAUCAAUACCGUUUUGCCAUUCUUCUCGUUCUCCUCUCCGCCACCGUCGGCUUCUCCUCCGCCGCGUUGGUCCAGAAGAAGCCUCCGGUGCUUACCUUGAAAGGAAACAUCACUCUCAAUCUCAUUUGGUACGGAAAAUUCACCCCAAUCCAACGGUCCGUAAUCGUCGAUUUCAUCCGCUCUAUCAGUUCCGUCGCCGCCGCAAAAGGUCCCUCCGUCGCGUCGUGGUGGAAGACGACGGAGAAGUACAAACAAGGUGUCUCAACUCUUGUCGUCGGUAAACAGCUCCUCCUUGAGAACUACCCUCUCGGAAAAUCCCUAAAGAGCCCUUACCUUCGUGCUCUAUCAAGCAAACUUAACGAUGGUGGUGCUCGGUCGAUAACUGUCGUUUUAACGGCGAAAGACGUCACCGUCGAGGGACUCUGUAUGAACCGGUGCGGGACCCACGGGUCAAAGUCACGUUCCGUUAACAGUGGAGCUUACGUGUGGGUCGGAAACUCUGAAACGCAGUGUCCUGGUUACUGCGCGUGGCCGUUUCAUCAGCCUAUCUACGGACCUCAGACCCCGCCGUUAGUCGCGCCUAACGGUGACGUCGGAGUUGACGGAAUGAUUAUAAACCUCGCGACUCUUCUUGUCAACACCGUUACGAAUCCGUCUCAAGAAGCUGUUUCGGCUUGUACCGGGAUAUUCGGUUCGGGUGCUUACCCGGGUUACGCGGGUCGGGUUCUUGUGGACAAGACAAGUGGAGCAAGUUACAACGCUUUGGGUCUCGCCGGUAGAAAAUAUCUUUUGCCGGCGUUGUGGGAUCCGCAGACUUCGACGUGUAAGACUUUGGUUUGAUUUUUAGACGGUCGUGAACGAGACACGUGGCAAGAAUGGAUGGUGAUUGCGAGUUUAAAAGCUUGUUGUAGUCAAAGAAAGUUGUAGAUAUAUCUAUCGCGUCUGGUUCGGGGUUUGGGGAAAGGGAUUGUGUUUGUUUUGUCAUUUUGUUAUGCCCUGUAAAUUCGAUCUUUGGAAAUAUGUGAAAUAUAGAUUCAUAUAUCUAUUUUAAUAAAAACGAUUUGUAGUU